CUGCUCUUCAUUAUCCAUUCCAUCUGCGUUGCAUCCUCGUGCACGAUGCAACACGCAGUCCACUCCACCGGCGCGAUUUCACCAGCACCGCACGCUGCCACCUCCACAAAGCAGCACAACGAAGGAGAAACUCGAUGUCAAACUACCGCCCUCAACUUUGACACCCUCUCGUUGCUCACACCCGAGGACCGCAGCUACUGUCAGCAGCUCACGUUUGGCAGUUCAGCCCGCAGUUGUUUCAACAUGGAGCCCAACAUGACGUUUCUGAACCAAGCCAUGUGCGGAUUUACACCCCGCCCUGUCCUGAACGCGCAGUCGUACUUUGUCAAUCGCAUGGAACAGAAUCCCGACCGGUUUUUCCGACGUGAGCUCCCCACGUUGUUGCGUCGAUCAGCCGAAAAACUCGCCGAAGUUGUUGGCGCUGAUUCUGAAGAUGUUGUUUUUGUGCCGAACAUUUCGCAUGGUGUCAACGCCGUGCUCCGUUCGAUGGAUCUACAGGAAGGCGACGAAGUCCUCUGUAUGAACUCGACCUACCCUGGUGUAUUCAACACAUUGCGCCAUAUUUGUUACAUGACGCAAGAGGUGGUUGAGCUCAAGGUAGUUGACGUAAAGCUCCCUUUGUAUUCGUACGAUUCCUUCAUCAAGCAACUCGCUGCCGCGAUCACCCCAAACACCCGUGUGGCAGUUUUGGAUCACAUCACAAGCGCUGCGGCGUUGGUGCUGCCCCUCGACAAGCUCAUUCCUCUUUUCCAGAAGCGAGGUAUCCCCGUCCUUGUAGACGGUGCGAAUGCCCCAGGACAAGUGCCGCUGGACCUGCGGCAGUUGAAGCCCGAUUUUUACGUCGGCACGUGCAACAAGUGGCUAUUUGGUUCCAAGUCGUCGUCUUUUCUGUACGUCGACAAAGAACACCAAGCAAUGGUGCGCCCCGUUGUGACUUCACUCAGCUACAACCAAGGGUUCAUUGAGGAGUUUGCGGUUCAAGGCACCAAGGACGAGUCCAACUACCUGACUAUCUGCACGGCCCUUGACUUCUACCAGAAUUUGGGGCACAAACGUGUGUUUGCGCACAACAAGAGCUUAAUAGACUGGGCUUCAAGCUACCUGGCGUCGUUGUGGGGUACGGAAGCCCUGCUGCCACCGUGGCAGCGUGCGCCAUUUGCCAGCGCAAUCCGUUUGCCUAUCCAGUGGCCCGUCAAGGCAAACGGUGAAUCCCUGACGGCUGAUGAACAGUGCCAAGUUUGCUGCUUUGUCAUGGACAUUUUGCUCGACUACUACCAACUCGCGACCAAGGUGAUCCCCAUCGAUGGCCACCUGUACGUUCGCAUCAGCGCCCAAAUCUACAACGAGCGUGCCGAUUUUGAACGCCUUGGUGUUGCCAUUCAAGGGCUCACGAACUGCUCGUCCUUCAUUGAAAUGUUUUCUUCCAUGCGUGUAUAAUAAACUAAUGUCACACCCCGUUAACUUACGUCA